AUGGCAGCGAACGAGCAACCCUCCAUCAUCCUUGCCCCUGAUUUAUUCUCGUCGCUCAUUAUCCAACAGUACAGCAAGAGCCCCAUAGCAUUUCAUUGCUACUCGCUUUGCAAAAGACGUAUUGAAUUAUGGACAAACCUUUCACAAGGAGGAAAAUGGAUUGCAAUACCGUUUACGCAGCAGAAUACCAGCAAUGGCCAUUAUGAAUACUCUCUGUUGCUAAACGUCUUUCAUUUACCCCCUGGCAAAUACGAGUACACCUUGCGGUAUUCCUUGGAACUAGAGUUCAGGGACAAGAAUGAUGAAUUUUGUUGGUCUUGGUACGGUAAACCCGAUCAGAAUGGCACGGUCUGCAUAACACCAUACACUACAGAUGCACCGAUGGCGCCAUCAUUUGCCUCUGUUCCUCAACUCAAGUUUGUUGCGAAAGAAUACAAUGAUGUCGCACAUCUUUGGCAUUUCAGAAGCCAGUCGGACGGCCCUGCACAGUUUACACUUGGGAAACUUCAUCAUCCCAUGCAUAGAUACGUGUGUCUGAUACAGAAGGGGUCUACUUGGUUGACCCCAGUUACAGGCACCACCCACUUUCAAGGUCGCAAUGCAAACGAGAAAUGCCAGUUACUUUUAUACCAAGACACGGAAAGGGGUGAUAUACAUCUGUGGCUGCCUGUUUGUCAAUAUGCAGAGUGCUAUUUAUCAUUUGGAGAGGGUGGCUCGAUCAAGUUCCAUCAUAUACUGGGAAAAGACGCUCAUUUAUUGAUUGUGUCGACAUCCCAAAAAAAGCAUUUUGCCCAGUUGAUACAGACAGCACUUGGUUACUACGGGGCCUGUAUUCAGCAGGUAUCAGAGAAAGAUGGCAUUUUGCUAGAUACAGACAAUAUCUUGCUUAAUAAGCUAGGGUAUUGCACCUGGAAUGCGUUUGGACAAGAUGCUGAUUUGACACGAGUGAAAGCAGCUCUGGAAAGCCUCAAAGAGCACAAUAUACCAGUGGAAUACCUCAUGUUGGAUGAUGGAUGGCAAUUAGUCAGUGAAAACCGGCAACUAGCAGGCUUCGAAGCAGACACUCGGAAGUUUCCUGAUGGCUUGAGCAAGACAGUGGCGCAAUUAAAGUCUGAUUAUUCGUAUAUAAAGUACAUUGGCGUAUGGCAUGCGCUGUGGGGUUAUUGGAAUGGAGUUGAUCAAGCAUUUGCUGCCAAAAACAAGUAUACAUGGUCUUUAAAUCGUCAGCAUCAUCAAGAAAUAGGCAUCAUUGAUGACCCCAAGGCAUUCUAUAACGAUUUCUACAAAUUCUUGCGCGAAUCAGGUGUUGAUUUUGUCAAAGUGGAUAACCAAGGCAGUUUUCAAGAACUAAGCAGCUCAAAUGGCCAGCAAAACAUUGCAUUAUGGGACAGGUUUAGACGAGCAAUGAUUGACAGUGGCGACACGUUUCUUUCUGGCCAUGUUUUGCACUGUAUGGCAUUGACACCGCAUGUGUUGUUUGAUCCAAUCCUUUCCAACAAACGAAAGUCUAUUUUUAGAAAUAGCGACGAUUUCUUCCCUGAGGAAAAGGAGAGCCAUCCUUGGCACAUUUACGCCAAUGCGAUCAAUGCGUUAUGGACUGCACACUAUCCGGUAAUUGACGACUGGGAUAUGUUUCAAUCCGACCAUCCAUUUGCCGAGUAUCAUGCUUCCAGUCGAGCUCUUUCUGGUGGUCCCAUUUACAUUACAGAUAUACCAGGAAAGCACAACGCGGAUCUCAUUUACAAACUUGUAGCUGAAACCAAGCAUGCUGGUUAUACCAUUUUGCGAUCCUCUCAGGCACCACAGCCCACAUUUGAAACCGUGUUUAACAAUACUAUGAAUGCUCAAUCACUGAUCGCAUUGCACAAUUUGCAUCAGGAACUGCACUACCCAAAUGAAUGCCCCAAAGAGCUUGUAACAAGACCUCACUAUGGUAUUUGUGGAUUUUGGAAUACAGGGCCACAUGAGAAAUUAGCUGUUGUAUCAAGUGGGUUAUUUUGCUGCAAGAAACUGGCCAUGAUGCCGACUAUUGCUUAUGUGGUCAGUGGUCCAGAUCGAGGCAACAUUGUGCUACUUGAACCAUCGUGUGAUUAUCAGAAUGACGAUGACAGUGGUAGCAUCAAGAGUGUCAGCAGCAACUGUAGCAACAGCAGUAGUAGUAGCACAAUCAGUGGCAAUGAUAUGAGUAGCACACUACCAAUAUGGAAGCAAUCACACAACACAAGCACCACUACAAACAUGAUGGCUAGAGUGAGCAGCUAUGGUUCCACACUUGUGUCUGUGAGUACUGUUCAAUGCGCUGGCCUUUUAUCCAUGGCCUGUCUAGGUUUGACGGAUAAAUUCAAUGGCAAUGUGUGUAUUUUACAUACCAGCAUGGUGCAAUACGAAGCACGGCUUUCUUGUCCCUGGUAUGCUACAUUCGAAGCUCAUUUGUCGCACAGGAGUUCGUCGUGUGGAUUUUGGGUCAAGACGCAUGAGAGUCUUAGGAGAAGGAACUCCAGAAUAGUAUUAGUUGGCUUAAUUCCUGGUCGUGUGCGUGUGGAUGGUUACACUCUCAAUACGAAAGAUUGGACUUGGUGUAGCUCUAAUGGAGUAUUGACUGUAGACAUGUUGGCUGCUUCGUCCCCCAGUGAUCCUAUGACUAAAUCCGAUGGUAAUGGCUUCCAUAAUGAUGUAUUCGUUGUACAGGUGGACAUAUGUAAAGCCUGA